GUGGCCUUGACAUGGUCGUCCAGCAUGUACGACGUGUUCUCCCUGUCCGAUUUCGAGGCAUUGUAUGGGCCGGCGCCCGUGGAGCAGAUCCGGGAGCGUGUCCUGCCGGACGGUCGGGCUGAGACACUGGUCAUCAAGUUCGCCACGGAGUUCAAUGUCCC